AUGCCGAAGAAGACCUACCAGAUCACAACGCUCAGCCCUCUUCCUGUCGAAAUACGAUUGCAGAUCCUGGACGACCUGGACUUGGUGACCGACAAAUCAGCCCUCGCAGUCUUUGCCCGUCUAUCCCGAUCCUUUCACCAAAAAACCAUUCCGAAACUCUACCAUUCGGUAUCCCUCAGCGCCAGAAAUGCGACCCAGUUCUUUAGCGGCCUCCCACGCCAGAGCGUAAUGAUCAGCAGAGCCGAAGGCCAGGCGAGCUUGAGUGAGGAAGAGCGCCAGAGCUGGUGGGAGGGGAAGCUGCAGGACAAGAGAUCGAGCACUGCGCGAAGGCUUUGUCUUCUGGGAUUUGUUCGGGAGUUGGUCUUCGAGGACCUUUUCGCUAUAAGGGCCUGCGACCAAGCAGAUAGGGCGCUUGGCAGUUUGGGUCUCGCGAAGCCGCCCGAGUCAUGGUACCCUCCUGAAGCUAGGUAUUGGCCGCACCCUCAACCAUACUAUGUCUUUCACGGCGACGUCCCCCUGAAUAUACGCUUUAGGGUCUUCAUACCCCAGAAUCCAUACGAAGGCGUGAGCGCAGAAUCAGUCCCGAAGCAUUGGCAACAGCUCUUUAUCGCAAAGCUCUCCAAGCAAUGCAGCACGCUGUCGCUCCCGCAGCCCGAGCCAGGCUCCGAGAUGUUCAACCACUUUGGCUCGAUGUUCGCGUGUAUCAGUAGCAAGCCUGUGCUUUGCUUUGAGGAUGUGGAUCCUUCUGUGUUCCUUCCAAUCGCAGCGUAUCGUAUUCAGCCGCUCGUCAUCCUGCGAUUGAGAGAUGAGAAGGAUUGUCGGGAGCCGCAUUGGACAGGGGUGUUAAAGUGUUUAAGGUCAUGUUGA